AUGAGAGCUAAUUGCUCUCUCUUUCUCUGCCUUUUGUUUGCCCUUGCCACCUCCAUUUUAGUUCACGGCCAAAGCCAAACAGGUUACAUCAGCAUCGAUUGUGGCGCACCUCUUAAAGGUAUCGAGAGAGACAUUGUCACUGGUAUCAGCUACACCUCCGACGAUGAUUUCAUCACCGCCGGCGUAAACUUCAACGUCUCUGAAGAAUACAAUUACCCUGCAAACCCUAACUUACCCUACGUCCUUGCUGAUUUAAAAGCCUUCCCUCAAGGAGACAGAAACUGUUACUCCUUAAAACCUUCAGAUGCAAAAGACAAUCUCUACCUCAUCAGAGCUUCUUUCAUGUACGGAAACUACGAUGGUGGGGUCAACAAAAAAGCUUUGCCCGAGUUCGAUCUUUACCUGAACGUGAACUUUUGGUCGACGGUGAAGUUCAAGAACGCUUCUGAGCAAGUCUUUAUAGAGAUCCUGACCUAUACAGAGUCAGAGGUUAUACACGUUUGCCUUGUGAAUAAAGGUAGAGGAACUCCUUUUAUCUCAGGCUUGGAGCUAAGGCCAGUGAACAGCUCAAUCUACAAUACUGAAUAUGGAAGAAACGUCUCAUUGGUGUUAUACCAAAGAUGGGACAUAGGAUACUUGAACGGAACAGGACGGUACCAAAACGAUGUUUAUGAUCGUAUCUGGUCUCCUUACACUUCACUCUCUUGGAGUUCAAUCAAGACAACAGGGUAUAUCGAUGUUUUUCAGAGUGGCUAUAUGCCUCCUGAUGAAGUUAUCAAGACAGCUGCUUCGCCUAAAAGCGAAGAUGAUCCAAUGGAACUGUCAUGGACAUCUGAUGAUACAAAUGCUAGGUUCUAUGCAUAUCUUUACUUUGCGGAACUCGAAACGCUCAAGACUAAUGAGAGUAGGAAGAUGGAGAUAUGGUGGAACGGUUCCCCUUUUUCGGAAGAUCCUUUCAUUUCUCCUUUUGAGUAUUCAACGACUUGGUCUGCUUCAAGAUCAUUUACUGGUGAUCACUUGAUAUCUCUUCAUAAGGCAGAAGAUUCAACACUUCCACCAAUGCUCAAUGCCAUUGAGAUCUUUACAGCGCAAUCUCUUGACGAAUUCUACACCGCAACAGAAGAAGUUCAAGCAAUGGAAAACAUAAGAUCUACUUAUAAAGUUAAGAAAGUUUGGAGUGGUGAUCCUUGCGCUCCAAGACUAUACCCUUGGGAAAGUGUUGGAUGCAGCUACAACAAUAACAAUCAUCAUAUCAAGUCCCUGAAUCUUAGCUCAAGCGGGUUACAAGGACCAAUAGUAAUAGCUUUUAGAAAUCUCUCCCUUCUUGAGUCAUUGGAUUUAUCAAACAAUGACCUACAAUAUAAUGUACCUGAGUUUCUGGCUGAUCUAAAACAUUUGAAAUCACUGAACUUAAAAGGGAAUAACUUCACUGGGGUAAUCCCAAAAUCUCUUAUGAAAAAAUUUCAGGAGGGUUUACUUGCACUCAGUGUGGAUGAAAAAAACCUUUGUAACUCAAGUUCAUGUCAAGAAAAGAAGAAGAACAACAUGAUUGUGCCAAUAGCUGUAGCCACAUCAGUGAUCGUCCUCCUUGUGGUUUUGGUGAUCAUAUGGAUAAUACUAAGGCAAAGAAAAAGAGACAAUGCAGGACCAGGACCAUUCCUGCUGCCUUCAGGGAAGAGAAGGUUCACAUAUGAGGAAGUCUCUAGCAUUACAAACAACUUCAAUAAAGUAAUAGGUAAAGGAGGGUUUGGUAUUGUGUACCUCGGUUCCCUAGAAGAUGGGACUAAAAUUGCUGUAAAGAUGAUAAAAAAUUCUUUAUCUACAAUGCCUAAUGGAACAUCAUCAUCUUCAUCAUCAACACGGGCUUCCAAAGAGUUCCAAGUCGAGGCAGAGCUUCUUUUGACAGUCCAUCACCGGAACCUAGCAUCAUUUGUCGGAUACUGCGAUGAUGAACGCAGUACAGCUCUCAUAUAUGAGUACAUGGCCAAUGGCAACUUGCAGGAGUAUCUUUCAAGUGAGAAAGCAGAGGAUCUUAGCUGGGAGAAGAGACUCCAUAUAGCCAUUGACGCUGCACAAGGGUUGGAGUAUUUGCACCAAGGUUGCAGGCCACCGAUAAUACACAGAGAUGUUAAAACAGCAAACAUUCUUUUAAACGAUAACUUGGAAGCCAAGAUUGCUGAUUUUGGGGUUUCUAAGGUCUUCCCUGACGACGAUCUCACCCACGUAGAGACUGCUGUCAUGGGCACUCCCGGCUACAUUGAUCCUGAAUACUACCGAACGUUCAUGUUGAAUGAGAAGAGCGACGUGUACAGUUUCGGAAUCGUGCUACUUGAACUCAUCACCGGUCAGCGAGCUAUCGUGAGAACAAAGGAAGGAGAAAAAAUAAGCGUCAUCCACUUCGUCGAGCCUUUCUUGGAGACCGGAGAGCUUGACGGCGUCGUGGACCCGCUGCUUCACGGAGACUACUCAUCGGACUCAGCAUGGAAACUUGUGGAGGUGGCAAUGUCUUGCGUCAGAGAAAGAGGGUUUAACAGACCAGCAAUGAACCAGAUCGUGUCUGAGCUACAACAGUGCUUAGCUGCUGAGCUGGCUCGUGAGCCAGAGAGAUCAUCAGAAGGAAAUGGUGACAGAGAAGUAGACUAAGCAAAUUUUUUAUUUGACAACUAAGGAAAAUUAAUUAAAAUGAUGUUUGAUCGUUUAUGCUC